GCAAAGCCGGGCUCCAGGCGAGGCAGUCGCCACCAUCACUGCGGCCACUGCCGGCCAGGCUCGGUGCCUCCGGAGCGCGGCUGCCAUCGCCGUCCCCGGCCUGGCGCCUCCCUCGGGGGAGGCAACGGUGGAUUUCAGGGGCACUUUCUUUCAUCAGGAAGCUUUUGACAAAAUGGAAGUCAGGAUGGCUAAAGGUGAUCCCAAGAAGCCAAAGGGCAAGAUGUCUGCUUACGCCUUCUUUGUGCAGACAUGCAGAGAGGAACAUAAGAAGAAAAACCCAGAAGUUCCUGUCAAUUUUGCAGAAUUUUCUAAGAAGUGCUCUGAAAGGUGGAAGACAAUGUCGGCCAAAGAGAAAUCUAAGUUUGAUGAGAUGGCAAAGGCAGAUAAAGUACGCUAUGAUCGGGAAAUGAAGGAUUACGGACCAGCUAAGGGAGGCAAGAAGAAGAAGGACCCGAAUGCCCCCAAAAGGCCACCGUCUGGAUUUUUCCUUUUCUGCUCCGAAUUCCGCCCCAAGAUUAAAUCCACAAACCCUGGGAUUUCUAUUGGCGAUGUGGCAAAGAAGCUGGGCGAGAUGUGGAAUAACCUAAGUGACAGCGAAAAGCAGCCUUACAACAACAAGGCUGCCAAACUGAAGGAGAAGUAUGAGAAGGAUGUCGCCGACUAUAAGUCCAAAGGCAAGUUCGAUGGUGCAAAGGGUCCCGCUAAAGUUGCCCGGAAAAAGGUGGAAGAAGAAGAUGAAGAGGAGGAGGAGGAAGAGGAGGAAGAAGAAGAAGAGGAGGAGGAGGAGGAGGAUGAAUAAAAAAACUGUUUAUCUGUCUCCUUGUGAAUACCUUAGUGUAGGGGAGCGCCGUAAUUGACACAGCUUAUUUGAGAGGUGUCUGUUGCCCUCAGUAGGAUUAAUUACACAAUUGGAUCAUGAUCAUAUGUAGUCUCUCAAAGUGCUCUAGCAAUUGUCAGUGGUUUACAUGAAGUGGCCAUGGGUGUCUAGGGCACCCAGAAACUGUAUCAAAGUUGUACAUAUUUCCAAACAUUUUUAAAAAUGACAAGGCUCUCGUGUUCUCCUCACUCUGUGCACUUUGCUGUUUUGGUGUAACAAGGCAUUUACAGAUGUUUCUGGCAUUUUUUUUUUAAUCUGUAAGGUGGUGUUACCUCUUUGGUUAUUGGCUAGAAAUCCUGAGUUCUCAACUGUACAUAUCUAUAGUUUGUAAAAAACAAACAACCAAGACAAGCUCUUGAUGCUCUUUGCUUGGCGUUGAGGCUGUGAGGAAGAUGCCUUUUGGAGGGGCUGUAGCUCAGGGCGUGCACUGUGAGGCUGGACCUGUGGACACUGCAGUGGGCAUCCAUUUAGCUUCAGGUUGUCUUGUUUUUGUAUAUAGUGAUAUAGCAUCCUGCCAUUCUUAGCUGUGGAAAAAGGGGGGUCAGCUGGCAUGAGAAGUCUUUGGAUCGUUUUUUAGUUGUGUGGUAGUUUUAAACUUCGCUUUAAAACAAGCUACAACUCUUCAUUGUCAACAAGGUGAAGAGUCCCUGCAUCAGUGAAAUUUCAAGAACCCUUCUGUACUACACACACAUUUGCAACGUUUUGUUAAUUUUUGUAUGUUUAGAAUGCUGAAAUGUUUUUGAAGUUAAAUAAAAACAGUAUUACGUUUUUUAAGCUGUUCUCUAUUCUAACCCUCUAAAUUUCUGACUCGUAGCAGUCUUAAUGGUGAAGCAACCCACUCCGCUGUAUUUGAUGACUAGCCUCCCUGUAAAUCUGGUAACUUAGGACGAGUUGAAGAGAGCUACCUGAAGUUACUGCAUGAUUUCGUUUGAAUGGCAUCAAGAUGAAGUCUGAGCUAUUGAAUGUAGGAGCUAAGAUAACUUGACACAGGCAAGGUUGAGCAGCCUUUAGAGGUACAGGGAAGUGGGUGUUUAGGAUUGAGGCUGACUACUUACCUAUGAGGUUUAAAAACUGCCUCUUGCCUCACCCCUUAUAUUGUGGAGCCAAAUUAAUUAAUAAACAGCAAAAAUAUCUUCUGAGGGGGGUGUAUCAAACAUUCAGGUUCCAUUCCCUGCCCACUCCCCCCCCCACCCACCCUCUGGAAAUUUGUUCUCAACAAUUGAGGUCUUAAACUGCCACUUCUCAUUUUGGUCCCCAGUGAUGGGGGGGAGCAGAAUCAAUACCUCCCCCCUGUAACUUUAAGAAGUUUUAUAUCCAAAGGAUGUUUGCUGGAUCUGUUGGCAGGCUGUGUUGGGGCACCUGACGAAAUCGGUUGUUUUAAGCACUAAAUGCAUCAGAUGGAAAGUAGAAUGGCCUACACGGUGAUGAGCUCAUUCAUUGGAAACAAGGAUUGUUCAAUUUUCUUGAAGCUUGGUUUGUAUUUCAGUGAUGAUUUCAUGGCGGAUGGUGUGUAUUUUGUCCAAGUUGGGAUGAGGGAUCAUGGCCACAGUGGCAAAAUGGUGAUACUAAAUAGAAGUAUUUUGCGGGCUGAUGUGUACAUGCAUCUUACCUGUUGGCAGUAAUGAGGGGUGCUAUGUUAUGGGUGAGCGUUGCUAAUGCCUAGCAUUGACACUCAUAUGUAUGUUUGAGGCUGGGAAGCACUCUGGGGUGUUUUUUAAUGACAUGUUUUCAUGCUUACUUAGGAGUGAAUAGCUUUUUUUCUUAAAAUUGACUAUUUGGAACAUUGCAUGUCUGCAGAGAGUGUCCUCCCCACCCUGUCAGGUUCUAGGUGUGUACAAGUUGUAAUGAUCUCCAGCCUGAUCACUGAUCUAUAUUUAUCGCUAUUCCUUCUCAUGUCAGAACUGUUUGUCCUAACUGUGUUUUUCCAGUUCUUCUAGAAAAUGACCACUAAGUAAAAAUCUCUAGGUCCUGAGCUUUGCCUGGAGUUACUUGUUCCAGAUUGCCCCUCCUGCUUCAGCCAUGCCCUUGUUACUUUCCUCCAGCCAUCACUUGGCAUUGUGGUCUUAAGCUGCUGCUGCCCCAAACACAAUGUGCCAUGCUAAGAUUAGAGAGCUGUGGGCAACCUCGUCACAUGCGAAAGAGCUCAACUUGGCACCAAGAAGAGAUUUCUGCUAAGUGGGGCGCCUCUAUCUGAUUGUAAAUAGACAUGGCAACUAUGGAAGGGGAUGGCUUUUUUUUUGUGCUUCCACAGUAACUAAACAGAAGUAGGGAGGCUGAUAAGUGAUCUUUGAUUAAGCAGAAAUUUCAUUCUAAAGGAACUUAAGGCCACUUAGUUCACUCUCUGCUUGCAGCAAGACUACUGUUCACCCUAUCAAAAGAUUGCUUGUCUUGAUGGAGUGAUGCUCUCUAGUUCCUCUGAGGUGUGACAAGUGGCAUGGUUUCAUCGCCUAAGGCUUUGGCUUUGUUUUAUAUCUGGGCCCACAGUAGGUGCUCUUGCAAUGCCAUCGUGUGUGUGUGUGUGUGUGUGUGUGUGUGUGUGUGUGUGUGUGUUUAAUCUAAAGGACAGUACCUGCUUUCUCUAACCGCUUCUCUCUUGCAAUCCCCUCACCCUGUUCUUGAAUGGUGUUUUAUCCUUUGGAAAGAAUAUGGCUGUGAUGUAGCAACUAUUGUCUAUGUCUCCUGUGUGUCUCUUCUUGUCACAAAUGUAUUUGGGGACAUUAGAUGCGUUCAUUUUCUGUAAUAAAGUUUCUUAAUCAGUCAUCCCCAAAAGUAA